AUGACUCAUCGCGGUAACACCACGUCAACGACGGAUUCGUGCCUUCACGAGCGAGCUCCAGGAGCAGAUGAGACUUGGGUUUCAGUCGCCAAGACGUAUGAUCGUCCUACAAGGGAUCCGAUCUUCGAUGCGCUCUCGAGCAUAAUACCCUUUGAUGUCUGUGUUGAAGAACUCUUCGCAUCGUUGCUGAUGCGUGCCGUGGCGCAUGCAGUGGUCGCAGAGUUGGUGGGAACUGCCAUGCUUUGUGUGGUGGGCUGUGGAGCCGCUAUGGCCUAUGGUCCCAGCGAUGGCCCAACGCGUUUGGUGGUCGCCUUUGCCUUCGGACUGUCUGUCUUGGCCAUCGCAUACUCGAUGGGUCAUCACAGUGGAGGGCAUCUGAACCCCGCGGUAACUUUCUCGUUGGUUCUUGGAAAAGCAGUACCGUGGUAUCAAGGCCUGGCGAACUUUGUGGCACAGAUCAUUGGCAGUUUGUCGGGUGCUGCCCUCCUGUGCGCCAUCUAUCCAUGCGAGGCGGACCUGACGACCAAUUUGGCCUCCAACAUGCCAUCAGCAGGCUACACAGAUGCUCAAGCGGUGGUGGCAGAAGCCAUGGGAACUUUCCUUCUAUGCUUCACCGUUUGGGAAAGCGCAGUGUCACCUGUGAGCUCAUGUGGAAGGAACGCCUGCAUCGCGAUUUCGGGUGCGGUCUUUGUGUCAGUGCUCACACUCUUGCCGGUGACUGGUUGUUCCAUCAAUCCUGCGCGCUCCUUUGGCCCAGCCAUCAUGGCCAGUCUUCGCGGUUGCUCGAACUACACUGCAGGAGGCCUGGAGGCACUGUGGAUCAUGCCACUUGGCAACAUCACCAUGUCGACCCUGGGGCUCAAAGGGGAGGAUGAGCCGCAGGGCUUUUGGAAAGCGCAGCUGGAGGCGAUCUAUGUCCGUCGCAACCCAAAGAAGGUAGACAUGAUUCCUGCACUUUUACAGAAGUACAAAGGCAGCGAAGCUGUCCUCUAUAAGAAAGUUUGCCAGAAGUACGACUUGAAUCCCAACAAGUUCCACAUUGAGCCAGAAGCAUGGCUGGAAUACGAGCGGACCGAACACCAUGGAGCAGCUUUGCGCCCCAGCGGAGGAGACACGGCUGAAGCGGAGCCUUUUGAAGUUGUGGUGUCAACUGUUUCAGGUGUCAGUUCAUGCAAAAUCAGCGAGCUAAGACCCAACAACAUGGUGAAAGAGGUCCUAAUCCGAGCCAGCGAAGCGUUGUGCACCCAAGCCUGGUGUUCGCACUUAUCUUUGAACACCAAGAAACUGCAUAUGGAUGCGAACUUGUCCGAAGCAGGUGUUUCUGCUGGCAGCUCCUUGACCUUGGUCCAAGAGCCGGAUGCGGAGCUCAUUGCCACGCUGCAGCGCUUUGGAGACGGUCCUCCAGCCGCGGAGGUGCCCAACUCCGUCCAUGUUGCCUUGUGCCUGGAGCUUCGGGCGGUGGGCCGUGAUGCGACCCACCUUCUGGGAGCUUUUCACUGUCCAAAAAAGGCCAGAGAUGCUGUGGUGAAGGCUUUUAGCCAGGAGUACCAUGGGGUGAUGAAUGCCGAGUUUCGAGAUCAGGGCACCGGCGAAGAGUGUCGCAUUUCCUCCAGUGCUACAGAGAUUUCCUUGAGCCUUGCCGACUGCUCGGGGGUGUACAAAAUCUGGAAAGUGGAACGAACCAGCCUGGGUCAAGUAGGAGAGUUCCUGGAGCCAACUUUCAACUCCAAGCCGCUCCAGGGCAUGGACAAUGAGCGCGAAGCAGAGAAGAUUGCGUCAAAUUGGAAAAAGUUUGUUGGACCCUUCCUGGGAGCAGCGUUUGCUACCUUGGCGCAUCACGGCUUUAUCCCACUGCCUGUGAAAGAAGGCGAACCCAGGACUCCAUCCGGAGAGUCGGCUUCUCAGGGGCGCCUUGAGACCCAAAAAGAGGACUGUGGCAUUGUUUGGCAAAACAAAAUUCCAGUGAGCCGAGUUUUCUGCCAUGGUCCAUCGACUCAUGGCCCGGGCUUCACAACUCCACCAGUCGCGCACGGCGUAAGUGACGCGCACCAGUCGCGCAACGAAGAACUGGACCGUCCAGGGAAUCCUGGAGACUCCUCUUGGAUGACAAGUCUAGGCCACGGCAUCGGAGGAGCCCUGGAAAAAAAUGGUGCGAUGCUGACAUGGGACCAAUGCCGACCAUCCACGACCGCUCGUGCUAUCGACAUCCAGCAGUCGAUGGAACAGGCGGUUGAGGCUUUAGACAAGUCCCUAGACAUGGAGAUUGUGGCGCGGGAACAGCGACAAGUUCACAUUGAAGAGGAGUGGAUGCGGGAAGUGGAUCGACUGGAUCGCAGGCAUGACUCGGUGGUCGAGGUCUGCGACAAAUGCUUGGCAGGUUUGCAUGAGGACGCGGAGCAAGAACAUGCGGCGCGCAUUGGCCACCAAGACCCAGUGGUGGAGAUCCUCACGAAGUUCCUCAACGACUUCCACGCAGAUGUGGAAGAAAAGGCUCUUCAAGGUUAGACGAUUAGAUGAUAGAUGUUUUGCUCGCCUCCAGAGUUGGCUCCAGGAAAGGACGGUUUAGUGCUUUGGGUG